GUUUAUAGAUUUUCUCUCUCUACAAAUCACAGUCUUCACCCCUCACUCCUUUUCUCUCUCUAGCUCUCUCUCAGUACUUUUUCUGCCGUUUUUUUUUCUAUUAAUUUUCUGUGUACGUUUUGGGUGCUGUGGUUUACUGGAGAGAACGGAAUUUGGCUUUUACGGCGGCGACGUCUUUUGAGGUGAUAAGAUGGCGAGGAAGAGGAGAAGUGAGUUACCUGGUUCAGGUGAGAGCUCUGGGUCUCAAGAAACUGUUGGGGGACAGGGUCGUGGCCAGUAUCCACCCCAGCAGCAACAAGAAGGUGGAUACCAAGGUGGAGGACAGGGUCGUGGCAUGCGUCCACCACCACAGCAUCAACAACAAUUAGGUGGCUACCAAGGUGGAGGGCAGGGUCGUGGCCAGCGUCCACCCCAGCAGCAUCAACAUGAAGGUGGCUACCAAGGUGGAGGACAGGGUCGCGGCAUGCGUCCUCCUCCCCAGCAGUCACAACAAGAAGGUGGCUACCAAGGUGGUGGACAGGGUCGUGGCCAGCGUCCACCACAGCAGCUACAACAAGAAGGUGGUUACCAAGGUGGAGGAAGAGGUUGGAGGCCACAACAGGGAGGGUAUGGUGGCCGUGGUAGUGGAGGAGCUCCACGUGGUGGAAUGGCCCCUCAACAGCCAUAUGGUGGACAGGCUGAAUACUAUCAGCAGGGCAGAGGGACUCAGCAGCAUCAACAACGAGGUGGAGGACCACUCCAGCAACAUGGUGGCAUAGGUGGCCGUGGAGCACCUUCUGGUGGGCCUUCUAGGCCACCAAUUCCCGAGCUGCACCAAGCAACCACACAGACUCAACAUCAAGCUGUAAUGACUACUCAGCCCAUUACUUGUGGAAGACCAGCUGACACAUCCAUGGAAGUGGGUUCCUCAUCUGAGCCACCUGAGAUGUCAGCUCUGCAAGUGACACAACAGUUCCAGCAACUGGCUGUGCAGCCAGAAGCAGCUGCAACCCAUACAAUUCCACCUGUGUCAAGCAAAUCACUAAGGUUUCCGCUGCGUCCAGGGAAGGGAAAGUUUGGUCAGAGUUGCAUAGUGAAAGCCAAUCACUUCUUUGCUGAGCUGCCUGACAAAGACUUGCAUCAGUAUGAUGUCACCAUUACUCCAGAAGUAUCUUCACGAGGGGUCAACCGUGCUGUCAUGGCACAGCUGGUGCUUCUUUACCAAGAAUCUCAUCUUGGAAAGAGACUUCCAGCUUAUGAUGGAAGAAAAAGUCUAUACACUGCAGGGCCCCUUCCAUUUGUUCAAAAAGAGUUCAAAAUCACUCUUACUGAUGAUGAGGAUGGGCCUGGUGGUGCCAGGAGGGAUAGGGAAUUCAAAGUUGUGAUCAAAUUCGCUUCCCGAGCCGAUCUUCAUCACUUAGGGAUGUUUUUAGAAGGGAGGCAGGCUGAUGCACCCCAGGAGGCGCUGCAGGUUCUGGAUAUUGUGCUGCGUGAGUUGCCAACAUCUAAGUAUUGUCCAGUAGGUCGUUCUUUCUAUUCUCCUAAUUUAGGGAGACGACAACCAUUGGGAGAGGGUUUAGAGAGCUGGCGGGGUUUCUAUCAAAGUAUUCGCCCUACACAAAUGGGAUUAUCAUUGAACAUCGACAUGUCUUCCACUUCCUUCAUUGAGCCAUUGCUGGUCGUUGAUUUUGUGGCACAGCUUCUGAACCGGGAUGUGUCAUCUAGACCACUGUCUGAUGCUGACCGUGUAAAGAUCAAAAAAGCACUGAGAGGUGUGAAGGUGGAGGUUACUCAUCGUGGAAAUAUGCGGCGGAAGUACCGCAUCGCCAAUUUAACAUCUCAAGCAACAAGAGAGUUAACUUUCCCUGUUGAUGAAAAGGGCACUUUGAAAUCUGUAAUUGAAUAUUUUCGAGAAACUUAUGGGUUUGUUAUUCAGCAUACCCAGUGGCCUUGUCUGCAAGUUGGAAAUCAGCAGAGACCUAAUUACUUACCAAUGGAAGUCUGCAAGAUUGUAGAGGGACAAAGGUACUCAAAGCGCUUGAAUGAGAAACAGAUAACUGCACUUCUGAAAGUGACCUGCCAGCGCCCCCAAGAAAGGGAGCGUGAUAUUCUUGAGACUGUGAAGCAUAAUGCCUAUGCUGAGGACAAAUAUGCGAAGGAGUUUGGCAUUAAGAUUAGCGACAAGUUGGCACAAGUUGAGGCUCGUAUUUUGCCUCCACCUUGGCUUAAAUAUCACGAUAAUGGCCGAGAAAAAGAUUGUCUGCCACAAGUUGGCCAAUGGAACAUGAUGAACAAGAAAAUGGUUAAUGGAGGAACUGUUGCCAAUUGGAUCUGCAUAAACUUUUCUCGCAAUGUGCAAGACACUGUUGCACAUGGGUUUUGUUCUGAGCUUGCACAAAUGUGUGGAAUAUCUGGAAUGAACUUCAACCCGAAUCCUGUUCUGCCUCCUGUAAGUGCACGCCCUGAUCAGGUUGAGAGAGUUUUGAAAACUCGAUUUCAUGAUGCCAUGACAAAGCUGCAGCCGCUAUCGAAGGAGCUUGAUCUCCUGGUCGCUAUCUUGCCAGACAAUAAUGGCUCUCUUUAUGGUGAUCUGAAACGGAUUUGUGAGACUGACCUUGGAGUUGUUUCACAGUGCUGUUUGACAAAACAUGUAUUUAAGAUGAGCAAACAGUAUCUAGCCAAUGUAGCACUGAAAAUUAAUGUUAAGGUGGGAGGAAGAAACACUGUGCUAGUUGAUGCAAUAUCUAGGCGAAUUCCCCUUGUCAGCGACCGUCCUACAAUCAUUUUUGGUGCAGAUGUCACCCAUCCCCACCCUGGAGAGGACUCUAGCCCAUCCAUUGCUGCGGUGGUUGCUUCUCAAGAUUGGCCUGAGAUUACUAAGUAUGCUGGUCUAGUUUCUGCUCAAGCCCAUAGGCAAGAGCUUAUUCAGGAUCUGUACACAACUAGGCAAGAUCCUGUUAAAGGGACUGUGUCCGGCGGCAUGAUUAAGGACUUACUUAUCUCCUUCCGAAGAGCUACUGGGCAAAAACCUCAGAGAAUCAUUUUCUACAGGGAUGGUGUUAGUGAAGGGCAAUUUUAUCAAGUUCUUCUUUAUGAACUUGAUGCCAUACGUAAGGCAUGUGCAUCAUUGGAGCCAAAUUAUCAGCCUCCAGUUACAUUUGUUGUGGUUCAGAAACGUCAUCAUACUAGACUUUUUGCUAACAACCACCGUGAUAGAAAUGCUGUUGAUCGGAGCGGGAACAUUAUACCUGGUACUGUUGUUGAUUCGAAGAUUUGCCACCCAACAGAGUUUGAUUUCUAUCUUUGUAGUCAUGCUGGCAUACAGGGUACGAGUCGUCCAGCUCAUUACCAUGUUCUAUGGGACGAGAACAAGUUUUCAGCUGAUGGACUGCAGUCAUUGACAAACAACCUGUGCUAUACAUAUGCAAGGUGCACACGCUCAGUCUCCAUUGUCCCUCCGGCCUAUUAUGCACAUUUGGCAGCUUUUCGUGCUCGUUUCUAUAUGGAGCCUGAGACAUCAGACGGUGGAUCAGUAACAAGCGGAGCUGCUGGCAGAGGGGUUGGUGCAGGAGCUGCUGGAAAGAAUACACGAGCACCAGGUGCAGGUUCUGCUGUUAGACCUCUUCCUGCUCUCAAGGAUAACGUGAAGAGGGUCAUGUUCUAUUGCUAGAGUCUCAACAAACAAAAGCUUCAUUGAAGACUUCAUUUGGCGCAUGCCCUUUUGGUUUUUGUGUUUUGCGAUCAAACAAAAUUUUAUCUGGUUCGACUUGCCCUAAUAUUUGUGACAUUGAUGCCAGAAAACUAUUUAGAGUUUGUAGUAUUGCGCAUUAUUAUAACUGUUGGGAGCAUUCCGGUGUUCUUCAUAGCCUGUGUAAUGAUGAAUACUAUGCAAAUUUAUGCUUGUUUUUAAUAUGGUCCAAUUUGGGUCGUACUUUCAUGUACGACUUUACU